UGCCGCCAACAUCCUUCCUGCUGCUGCUGCUGCUGCUGCUGUUGCUGCUGCAUCCACGCCUCCUGCGUCAAUAUGGCCGCUUCUCUUGACGUCGCCCGGCUCCUGCAGAGGGCAUGGGUAGUGGCGGUGGUGAUGGUGGCGAGCGUGAUAGCCGUGGACGCCGAGGGCGUCCCUGAGGCGCGUUCUAUCCUCCCGCUGCAAGCCGUGGGGCGCGCGGGCGCUAGCCUCUACCACUCCACCAUGCACUAUCUCAUGGACCAGCUGGCGCCUGACCCAGACCCCGCCAGGAGCGGCACGUACAACCCUGACGUGGCGUGCAUGGGCGCCAUGUACCGGCGUGGGGGAGGCGGCAGCGUGUGCGUGGACGCGGUGACGGCGGCGGUGGUGGUGGGCGCGGCGCUGGCGCUUCAGUUCGCCUUCUACGUGGCGGUGAGCACGGCGUGCCCGCUGGGGUACUCACUGAGCGCCUCGGCGUACCGCAACGGCAACAUCACGUACGUCAUCACCGUGGACAACUCCAACACCAUCGGCGUGGAGGUGGCGGCAGGCGACCAGGACCUGGACCAGACACAGAUGCAGGACCAGAGCCUGACGCAGAGCCAGACCCAGACCGCCUCGGCCCAGCAGACCGCACCGCAGAGCAUCACGCUCGACCAGGACCAGGACCAGACCCAGGGACAGACGCAGUCGCAGAGCGGCUCCAGGAGCAUGAACGACUUGCUGGGCCCGCGCGCCGAGGCGCCACACCUUCGGCGGUGGCGGCGGUGGACCCUGCCGCCCAUGGGGUUCAUACCCCUAGACCUGUCCACGCUCAACUGGCCAGACUUCAACCUAGACUGGUCUGGCAUCAGCAUCUCCCUCUGUCCUCUGCUCGGCAGGUACAUCUGGGCGUGAGUCUGUCCUCGCCCACUACCACCACCACCACUGCCACCACCACCUGCCCCUGCACCUACAGGCGACGGCAGAGCACCACCGCUGGAGUGCCACACACCACAUCAUUGUAAAUACUGCCAUGGACGCUUCACCAUCGCCACUGUAAAUACUGUGAAGGCAACGCUCUGCUCCACCACCUUGUGUGCACCGCCUCACACACACACACACACACACACACACACACUAUGUAACUGUAUGUACGUAUGCACGUGUGUUAGAUGGAAUGGUUUGGUGUCCGUGUCCUGUCCGUGCAACACAACAUUCACUGCCUUUGUACGUCCCGCUCACAUUUAUACUUAUUUACUUUGUACCAAAACAAGGAAGCAAAACUACUGGUACGUGUGUACCAGUGCACGCAAUACAAGGUAUUACAAA